AUGUUGCACCCGGAGCUCAGGGCCGGCUUAUCGCGCGCCUUGGUCUCUCGCCUCGAACUGGUGCUCCCCAGCAGAACCGGCCUGUCGUUGGCAGAGGUGGAGUUGAAUCUGCAGUUCAUCCUCACCACAAACCUCAUUCUCAAGCACUGCAAGCUGGGCGCGGCCAGCCGCGGGCACAACUUCGUGCUGGAGCUCAUCUCCGCGCUCGUGGACCUCUUGAGCGCACUCAACAUCGACCCGCAAACAGGCAAGCUUCUCGACCGGGACGAGAAGACGUUCCUCUCCACGCUCAUCGUCACCAAGGUGCUCAAAACGGCCAUCUACACCAACUGGAGCCCCGACGACGUCGAGGAGGACGACUCGGGCGACCUCUUUGUCCACAGCGACAUCGACUUCAAUACCGUGCCCGAUACGUCCGUAGACUCGCUCGAGGUGUACUCGUUCCCGGUGCCUGCCAAGCUCGACAUCCCGAUCCAUUCCGUGCUCGAGGUGUUGCUCACGGUGUUGUCCAACGAGGUCAACAACCGCGCGUUGUUGGCGCUAAGAAGAACAUCGCCGGAGCUGCUGCUGCGGCUCGAAGACACCUUCCCGGGCCUGGCGCUCUCGGCAGACAAAAUCCGCGAACACUACUUGGAGAUCGACUUCAACAUCUCCGUGGUGUUGAAGUAUCUAGCCGCCUGUAACUCGUACGAAUACUACCUGUUUCUCCAUGAGAAACUCUUUCUGCGGCCCGAACGCGGCGAACACAUCCCGUCUGGUUACUUGCAGAAGUAUUCCCAUCUGUUGAUGCAUGUCUAUUUCACCCCCGAGGUGACUGAACCCUUCUUGCGCAACAUCUAUAGCUCCAUUCCUUUCAUCCGCUCCACCACCUGGACGCAUCUCUUUCUCUACUACGGCUCGUGGUGCUUGCAAUACCAAUUUAUAUAUAGGCCGGACUUCUACGCCACGGCUAUUUAUCCCGGAAGCGUGGUGGACCAAAGCUGUAAGUCGCUCUUUGACUUUCUAUCGACAAUCCUAGAGGAUGAGUCCACCUUGUCUCUUUCUCUCUUCUCAUGGUAUGUUCUCACAUGUCCUUCAGACUUCAACGAGGUUUUGCACAAGCCUAACAAGCUCAAAAUGACUUUCAACAAACGGGUUCGGUUCCUCAAUUCGCUCCUACGGGAAACCCAAUCGGGCAACAGUCUUGAUAAAUUCGAGUGCAUGGCAAAUAUAUUCUUGCAAGGGUCUGUCAUGCCCGAAGGCGCAGGCGGUGUGCGUGAGUUCAGUGAACGGUAUUUGGACGAGGUUUACGAACAUUUGAAGUCCUUGCGUAAUCACUUUUACAGCACUUCCCAGGGAAGCCGAUAUGGCCUUAUUUAUCUGCGUAUCACGACCUCGGCUCUAUCUAUUAAUCCCGAAAAGCACAUUCCUCUUUUUCUGAAAACGUUUGUGGACGUCAGAAUGCAGAUCAGAAGCGGUGACCGUGAUGCUCGAUUAAUGGGAGACUUCUACAAUCUCUUUGCCGCCAUCAAGUCUCUUUCAAAGGAAAGCUUCUACAAAUCUACUUUUCAGGCUGUCAUGAAAGAGAUCACCCCUUCUCUUUUGGCAAUUUUGAACAACGUUUGUUACAUCCUGCAAUAUUAUGAUAAAACAUACCGCACUGCUUCCUCGAGACCACGCAAAGGCUCUGACGAUUUCCUGAGAUCCUCAACAAACUCUCUGCUGGCCAGCUUAGAGGCAACACCCUUGUCGGGAACAACUGCGAACCAUUCCCAAGCAAUGCCUUUUUAUUGCGCAACAGAUCGGGAUGUUCAUAACGAAGUUAACACAACAGUUGUGUAUGUCGAUAGGGAUUUCACUGCUCAGCCGAUGAAGGAUGUAGAGACCAUCCUCGCGGAGCUCCUCAAUUCAUUUGCUGCCGCGCCACAGUGUUUCUUCAAAUGUCCAAAUAAAGAUGUGGAUUGGGAGUCCGAGGCUUCAAUUAGGAGAAUGACUGAAUUGGUCAGUAAAGUCAUUGCCCCAAUCAAACUAGCUAUUCGAUUCAAAACCUUCAAAAACUCCAAUGAAUGCUUCGAAGCUGCCUGCAAUCUUGCUCGCAAACUCCUUAGAGCCCCAGGAGGCUCGAAGUUUUGUGUUGAAAGACAAUGUCUCAGUUUUCUUAUAUCCAUUGAAAUUGUGGCUGCUGUGUCAGAAUCUCUUCUAACUUUCCCCGCAGAGAAAUUUCAGCAAUGUUUCCUUAUAUUCAACCGCUUCUUACAUGAUCGGUAUAGAACAUUUUGGAGAGUCAAGGACUGUUCUGCCUUGGGUAGCGUGUGGGCUCAUACAAAAUGCCAAAGAGCUUGUAACGCGUAUGAAGUCAUUUUGCUUUACGCUCUAUGUACUCACGACGUGCAGUUCUUCAACUUGGCCAAGGCUUCGAUGAGAUAUUACGUUCUGGACCUUACCAUGCCUUACCAUCAUAGUAUGUGCAAGUCUUCCACACUUGUGAAACCUUUGGAGCAGAUUUUAAAUGACAAAUCUGUAUUUACUGGUUUUGUGAGUCUUCACAAGAAGUUCCGUGCCAUUUUAAUCGAUGCAGACCCAACAGAGAGUUUGUGUCAGGUGUGGCUUCUUAUCAACGAGCGCUGGAUACAUAUCGCGGAAGAUGAGCAGAGGAUGGUUGAAGAAAACAACGUUUUCAGACACUAUACUGGAUUUUUGAUGUGCACCUCGGGUUGCUUCGCCGAUCCUGAGUUUGCAAAACUUGAUCCAAUGAAAAGCGAACUUGUCAUGAGAAAAAUACUGGAUUUCUACGAUAAUGUCGUCAAUUUGCUCCUCCUGAGCGAGCUUGUCGUGCGUGUUGUGAUAAAGGACUCUCUUUCUUCUGAAACUCACUCAGCACUUUUUCAAAUGGUUUGCGAAAAAUUGAGUUCAGUCAUUUUGGAUUUCGUGCUGCGUGGUGUUUGCACUGAUGAAGCCGUUACUUUUGUUGAGGAAGCGCUUCUGAUUUUCUCUAUUAUGGUUGGCGGCAAAAGUGAUGGUUCAUAUGCAUUAGCUGGUAUGCUUCCAAGAGUUGGAAAUGCCGCAAUUCAAUUCUUGUCGCUUUUGAAAAAUCCUGUCGACCAGAUCAAAUUAAAACUCCGCAUAUGCAAGCUUGGAUGUGUUAUCGAAUCUGAAUACGAGCGUUUGGGAUUCAGAUCAUCGCAUAAACUCCGUAACUACUUUGCAAAGAGAAUGUCUGGCUGGCUUGAAGAAGCUGUGUUCUACAACGAGGAGAGUCAUUCUCCAACUAGUCAAACACUUCCCUCUGCUAUCUCGACUGAUCAAUUAUCAAUUGCCGCAGAAUCAUCGUCCACUGGUGGCAGGAACACCGAUGUGGAUUAUCUUCAGAUGGAACUAGCGUUUGAGGCUUCAAAAUGCUUAUCACUUCAGCUCCAUUCAUUGGUUUUAGAUAUACCUGAUGGUACCAAAGAGAGCAAUGUCGAGCAUGCGCGUAAUCUUGCGUUUUCCCACUAUUUCUCUUUGUUUUACAAGAUUCUUCAGAAAUACACCAUCAACGAUUCUUCGCCAGCCGUUCAAAGGUCGAGAUACAAGAUUCAAGGAAUAGUUGAAAAUGUUCUCUCUGCUUUCUCCAACAUUCUUAAAUCCGACAGCAACAUAGGAAUGCCCUUCGCACUUCCGUUGGGAUAUCAUGAAAAUAAGAAGAUCCGUGCCAUCUUUUUGGAAAUUUUUGCUACCAUGCUCUCCGCCCGCCAGCAGAAAAUGGCAGAAGAAGAGUUCCCGGAACCACAGAUUGUGGCCCUUUCGGAGGUGUACGAAAUCUACAGUUCUGCCGCCGAGAUAGCCUCUCCUUCGGAGCACAAUUUACUUGCAACGUCUCUUCAUGGCUUGUUUGCGUACACUAAAAAUUUGGAUAAAUUGUUUGACACAUUAUUGAAAGAUGAAGUUGAAAAGGUUUCGCGUGCUUCAGACAUCUUCCGUGGAAAUUCUUGCUUGACAAGACUCAUGUCUAUAAUGGCCAAAGACUAUGGAACGCCGUACUUGACCGUAGUACUCAGGCCCUUCAUUGAAGACAUGAUAGACAAUGAGGUGAGCUUUGAGGUCGAGAAAAACGGUACAGACAAGGAUGUUGAAAUCUUCCUCACUUUGCUCAACAGACUUGUUGAUAGCAUUGUGAACCUGACUCCAUGGGUUCCAGAAGCCUUCAAAUUCAUUUGUGCGAGAAUUUACCAGUGUAUUGAGAAGAAAUUUGGUGACGCCGUGUUGAUUGCCGUUGGUUCUUUCAUUUUCUUACGGUUCUUCUGCCCUGUAAUUGUCAGCCCAGAAUCUUCAUUCGACAUGCAAGUCAUCUCUCCCAAGGUUAAGCGAUCUUUGAUUCAAAUUGUGAAGGUCAUUCAGUAUAUGGCUAAUGGCUCGCUUUCAAACCUUAAGUGGGCAAAACUUGCUGAUAAAAUGGAUAUCAUGGAAGAGUUGAACCAGAAAAUUUUCAAAUUUUUGGAAGGAAUUGCCUUGGAAAGUACCGGAGAAGCUUAUCCAUUUCUUUCUUUGACUCGCAAGCCAUAUUCUAGUUUGCGAUAUCUUCACAAAUUCUUUUACACGUAUCUCCCUGAAAUUCGGGUUCAGUAUGUUUCAACCCCAAAGAUCGUGAGUCCAAAAGUGCUCCACCACAAAAUCGCUAACUGGACCAAACUUGAUUCUACACUACAGGUUUUUGGCGCUCCGAAGUUCAGCAUCUCGCUUCAAGGUUCCAAGUCUUUCAAAGUCGCGGAUUCUUUGGCUAACAUCGGUACAUCGCAAUUCUCCGAAUUCAUGGCCAAAAUGUCUGCAAAGAACAUCGAAAUGUCCCUAGAUACCCCUGUGGUACAUACUUCGGUGUUUCAUGAUGGUACACCGAUUGUGGUCGCCAACUUCCGACACAUCAGAGAAAUUGGGUAUGACAUAAAUACAUUCGUGUACAUGUUGUUUGAGGCCGCAAGUCAGAUAUGGGAUAGUAAGUUCUACUGCGUACUCGAUUUCACACAAUUCUUUUUCGUGGGUAUAUUAGGAAAGAACUACACAAGUUUGAUGGCGAGCUAUGCCCCCAAACAGUUUUUCAACAAUUGUGCUAGAACAUACUACUACAAUUUGCCCCGAAAUGCCUACCUCAAGGUUGUGGAGAAUAUGAUCGAGAUGCGCAAGCAGGGCAACGAAAAGAACAGGGUUUACUUCUACACUCAACAAGAUGAUCCAGAAAUUAUCAACUCGCUUUGUUUGGAGGAAUCUGUCACCAGCAUUAACCAAGAUGUGCGUUCAGUCUACAAAAAUUGUAAAUUCUACGAUGAAUUCAAUGGCACGCUCUCUCCUGUGACUAUGAAAUUCGGUCACAAGUGGCUUCAAUUGUGCUACGAGAGAGAGCCAUAUGAAGCAGAGACAGUGGCCACGAAGACCGUUGCCCCUGUUGAGACUCACAUGAUCACUGACUUGACUAAAUGUGAGAUUUCUAACAAAAGCGGGGCUGGUAAUGAAUUUACAAUAUCGCUCAACAGGUACAAUUAUCAGGUUACGCUUGUUUCUCCUCAGAGACAAGAAAUUCUUAGAUCAUUGUACUUUGCAAUGCUACGGAACUCCAAGGACCAAAAGCUGUCUGCGUCUGCUGCAGAUGACUCUGAACGAGAAAUCGCCAACAGGUUCAACGUGUUGGUAAUCUUGGUUUUCCAUGGCUUACUAGAGCGCGAUGACGAGGUACGUGCCUCUGCAGCCAAACUAUUCUCUGUUCUAGAUAGUUACUUCGAGCUUGAUCUAGGAAUGUCGCCAAUGCAAACGGACAAGGUUACAUUCCCAAUCGAUACUACUGAUUUUGUUGUCGGUGUUUCCACUCAUUUAUCAAAAAAGAGACCGGAAUACACCUAUGAGUUCAUUAAGGCAUUUUUCACAAACUUCACGAAAUUGCCUACGGAUUUACGUUUGAGUGGUAUUCUCUACAUAUCUCCAUGGCUAGACAAUGUUGGUCGCUAUGUUGUAAGAGACCAUGACGGAACAGAGAAAAUGGCCAGUAUAAUCAGACUCUUUUGUCGUAUGACCAUUCUGAAUAAGAGUUUCGCUCCUGUUCUCAACGAAAAGAUUUGGAAGAAGCUCUUCAACGAGACGGGUUUGAUACAUAUUCUAGUUGAAGAAAUCGUCUCGUUUGCCAUUGACAACAUUUCUGAUCCUGAGAUUUGUUGCACUAUCAUAGCGAUGAUGUCGCCAAGCGUUGAGUUAUGUGGUGAGGUCGUUGCUCGCAUUAACAAAUGCAUAGCCGAAUCAAAUCGCAACGACUCUGAACUUGCGAUACAAAGUAAACAACUUGAGAUCACCGUUUUGGUGAAAGUUUGCGGAUCCCUUUUCUUCAACUCCUACUUGUAUGGUUCUUUGUAUUUGCCGGACGUUUUUCUGUUCUGCACCUUGUUCAUUGACAAUCCUGGCCUCGAAUUUGGCUCAGACUUACAGAAAUUGGUGAUCAACACUCUCCGCGCAUUUUCUCAGAACCAGGAUUUGAGUGAAAAUCAGUUGGAGUUGAUUAACACUUCGGUCAAGUAUUUCAGUAGUCAAAGAGCAAAGAUGUUGUUUGGUCUCACAUCCCGUGAGAGAGUAGCUCACUCCGAUCCAGUGCAAAACUUCAAUCGUGCGAUGUCGUUUGAGCUUUUAUGCGACAAUCUUCAUGACUUCAUUUGCGAGAUGGGCUCUGCCGAUGAAAAAAGUCGCUGGUUGGCUCGGUGGUCGUCGCUUUCGAUGGAUAUCGCCUUUGGCAAUUCGCUUUUCCAGCGCCGAGCCUUGAUGGUCGUAUGUACAUUGGCUAGGAAGGGUAUUAGUGACUCGACAGGAGGCAAGAUUUUGAAAUUGGUAUCAAGCAUGCUGCUCAAUACUCCAGACUUUGAAUUUGAUUGUGCGUUGUGCUAUUGCAGUUUAGAGCAGGGUUUCACCAGAGAUUCUGUCUACUUGCCUCUUAUGAUCUGGUCAAUGUUUUGCUCUGUCUUCAUUGUACAGCCAUCUACAUAUCAAGCCACAAUUCAAUGCGUGGGCAACAUCAUGAAACAUGUGAAUCGUGGAUUCUUAGAUAUGGUGGUGAGCCAUCGUGCAGACCUCGAACCAUUGCUCAGCAAGUUUGAAGAGCGCAUUGGCAUCAAACUAGACCUCAAUAACUUUGAGCCAGCAAUUUUGUUUUUGAUUUCAAAGGGCCUUACCUCUACUCAAUUUAGACACAACUCCCUUCAGUGCUUAUUUACAAUUUUGCUUCACAGAUUCCGCCUGGUCGAUAGUGAUGAUGAGAGUGUCGAAUUCGAUGGAGACAUUUCCACUCAAAAGACCGGGCAGGCUUCGGGGGAUGUGGAUGAAUUCAGAUAUUUCUACCUUCUUUUAUCCUUCCUUUCAAACUCGGAAGAGAAGUUCAAGGAUCAAUUGAUUGGUCUCUCUUUGGACCAUUUGCCUGAGACCCGUAUGUCUCAUGGAGAGAUACCAUCAAUUCUCAUCGAGAAAAUAUGUUCCGGUACACUCCAGGCACGCUUUGUGUUGAUUCUUGUCGCGUUCAUUUUCAGGAGUGACUCGGAUCAGACAUUCAAAUGUCGCUUCGUGGAGUUGUACUACCACAUCUUCAACCACCUGCGCUCCACAGCCUAUAUGAUUUUCCACCUCAUCCAAGAAGAGCUUGAACAUAACAUUGUGGAAAAUCCAUCAAAUGAGAUAGUCGGCGAUAUUUCAAAACUUCUUGUGCAUAUGAUGGAUGAUACCCAAUACUCCGAGGAAGAAUGUAUUGCCACUGUAUCCGACUGCUUGAAGCAACUCAAUUUCUCCAUAAUCGACCGCGUGGGCAAAUACUUUUCGGCCAACGAGCCGGUAAAGGAUGCUCUGGCGUCGCUCAAACUCAUGCAUAACAUGAUUUAUAGAACGUUUUGCAACGCCUUUGAAGGACUGAGGUUGGAGAAGUUCUAG